UACCAGGGCAUUAGAACACUGAGGGCGGCCUGUCGUGGGUGUGAAUCACUUCAAAGGCGGGCGCGAGGCUGCCCCGGACGUGGUUGUGUUGAACCAUAGCGAGGUCCAGGACCCUCCAUCAUGGCUGGGAGCGUGAAGGCCCUGAUCCUGCUGGCGUUCACCGGCUCGCUGGGCAUGAUGUUCAUGCUGCUGGCCUGUGCGCUGCCCCGGUACAACAACUGGUGGCCCCUGUUCGUCAUCAUAUUCUACAUCCUGGCACCGAUUCCGUACUCGAUGGCCCGCCGCUACCGGGAUGACAUGGGCGCCAGCAGUAGUUGUUUGGAGCUGGCCGUGUUCUUCACGGCCGGCAUCAUCAUUUCGUCGUUCGGUUUACCCAUUGUGCUAGCGCAUGCGCCCUCCCUCCAGCCAGUGAUUGAGUGGGGUGCCUGCGCGCUGGUUAUGACCGGCAACGUGGUCAUGUAUCUGACCAUCCUCGGCUUCUUCUUGGCCUUUGACGGCGAUGCCGACUCGUGGAACUACUUCUAGCCGCGGCGCGACGGCUGGCGGCCGCGGUACGCGGGCCACGGGGCACGGGGAAUGGUCCGCCUGAUGUCCGCGCAUCCAGGGCAUUGGCGCGCGGCGGCUGGGGGCUGGGGCGGUCAGGCCGUCCGACGUCGACUACGGCAGCUGCCUGAGGCCGCGGAGGGCCGGCGGCAGCGAGGCGCCGGCAGACUGGCGGCAGUCCGCGCCGCACGCGACGUGAGUGAUAGUUGGUAUCUCUUUUUUGUGAUCUGUAUACCGGUCAUGCUUUUGUAUCGUGGUUUUUGUUCCGCAUGCACUUUUCUGCACGUUGUUCAGCCCUGGGUCGCACUCCGCACGUGUACGUGGCGCGGAGGGUCUGUAAGCGUGCUCGCCGUCGCGCCGAGUUUGUUCAGGAUGUCUGAGCUUUAACCGUGGCUGCCCCUCAAUGGUGUGCUAUCCAGUCUGCACUGACGGAGGCUAUUCGUGGUCUGGUAUUAACUGCUUGUCGUACUGACGUGUAUCGUUUUGAAUUGCGUUUUCAUGGUUUAAACUUAAGCAGCAAUUUUCCACGUGAGAUUUAAUACAAUGGAUAAUAAACAUGCUUAGAGUGUU